UGGCUUUGAUGCGCCAGAGAGGUUUGUCAGUAGAGGUGUCACAGCUUUCUCCUACCGGAACAGCUGCAGCAAGGUUUUUUCCCCAUCACCUAACAUCAUAUGAUGCCAUGCCAUGCAUGAGACAGUUUACCCAGCCAGGUCACUGGAAGGACGUGUGGAUCCAGAAUUGGCCUCCACAGUCACUUACGGACCCAUUGUUAAAACCGUGUUUAUGGAAGACAAUCUUACUCGGCUACGAGUGAUCGAAGAAGAAGAAGAAGAAGAAGAAGAAGAAGAAGAAGAAGAAGAAGAAGAAGAAGAAGAAGAAGAAAGAGUAGCACCCCAGUCCCACAGCUACCAGAAAAAGAAAGGUUUCUCCUCCACUACCACUACCCUAGGCAUGCAGUGUACAGGACAGAAGGCCUUCCUGGACUGUUUCUUUUAG